AUGGCUGUCAAGCAAACUCCCUUCUGGCAAGGCCUUUUCACGCUUUUCUCAAUCUUGUCCUUCUUCUCCGGAGCCUUUGCCGACGAAACUGCUCCCGGACCUAAGCCCGGAACCGCUGACUCUUCGAAAUCCGCCAUCCCGCGUUUAGUUGGCAUGCUUAUUAUGUUCCGUCGGUUGCCAUGUCGUGGUUCUGAUAAUAGCACUUCUGACAAACAACACUUAAUUUGGUUACGACAAAAGAUCAACUUGCCAGGUUUCGAAUUUGGUGCCCAAACCAAUGGACAAUACACGGCCGGCACUAAUCCUGCCAUGCCACCUCCGGAGAGUCAAAUCGCCCAUUUCCUCAGCCAGAAUGUCAACUUCUUCCGGGUGCCUGUUGCCUGGGAGUACCUCCAGCCUGAAAUGAAUGGCAAGCUUAACGAAGUCAACCUGAAAGCGUACCAGACCUUCAUCGAAAAAAUCACAACCCAUGGGGCAUAUGUCGCCAUCGACCUUCACGCCUUCGCCCGCUACAAAGGCCAGAUCGUCGGCGAAUCCCCCAGCACUCCAGCCAGCGCCCUUGUCAGUCUGUGGACUCAAUUAGGCGCCGUCUUCAAGGAUAACCCUUUGGUUAUGUUCGGAAUCAGCAACGAACCUCAUGAUCUUGUAAUCACCACAUGGGCCACAACUGUCCAGAAGGUCGUCACCGCAUUGAGGGAAAAGAAGAUCGAAAACAUCCUGCUUAUCCCUGGCACAGAAUACACCGCUAUGAAGUCAUUCCCGGAAUGGUACAAAGCCAUGAAGGUUGUCAAGAACCCAGACGGCUCCUUUGAUAGACUAGUUAUGGAAGUGCACCGAUACCUCGACACUGAUAACUCGGGUAAAAGUCGAGACUGCACAGCAAGCCACGCAGACGAAGUUGCCAAGGCUGUCGAACUCCUCAAGGCUGACGGUAGACAAGUGAUCUUGGGAGAGACUGGUGGUGGUAGCACCGACACCUGCAUGAAGUUCCUUCCAGAAUUGGCUGCAGCAGUCACUGAUGCGUACCCUGUGUUUUUGGGCUUCGCCAUGUGGGCCGCUGGCUCUUUCGAUGCCAACUACGAGCUAGUUACUACCGUUAAGGACGAAAGUUCGCCUACCGGAUGGAAAGACCAAGGCAAUUGGAAUUCGAUCAAGAAGUUUAUUCCUGCUAAGGGCUCUGAGAAAGCUGCCAAGUCACCCAGCUCAAAGCCGAAGACCAAGAAAAAAGCAGCUUGUAAACGUCGAGCUAUGAUCUAA